UUUCUAGGCACUGAUUUAAAGUACAGUAACGAUGUGCAGUAAAAUUUGGUAUCCUAAAUCGUUCUCGCAUAUAUUUAUUACAAUAAUAAUGAAGAUCUGUAAUGUUGCAAUAUCGGCAUUGAAAGGUUACAUUUGUUUCUAGAAAUGAUUUUGGCUCACUAUCUGUACCUUCAGUUUCUUAUCAUCAGCUCCCUUGCAACCAAACCAAAAACAUCACGAGACUGCACAGGGAAAAACAUGGCAACGUCUAAUUUAUUAAAGGUUGGGUAUGGAAAUACAGCCAAAGUCUAAAUGUCCAGAGCUGCUGUGAUAUGCUACUUAGAAAGACUCAUUUAAGCAAAAAAAAAAAAAAAAAACACUCACCUCAGAGGAGAUUGAAGUCAAGCUAAAGGAAGUGUAUGUUCAGAACAAAGACGUCUUUAUGAGGCCCACCUGACAUCCAGACUCAUUCUUUACAUUUCUGCUGACAGUGAGAUGGAGGAGAACAUGAUGGAGUGGUUCAGGGAGGUUGGAAUGCUGGCUGAUUAUGUCAGCAAGCCGGCCAGAAUGUUCUAGGACAUUCAAUUAUUGGAAGAUAUGAAUCAGUCAUUCAAGGAAAUGCACAAACACAAUAAACUUGCAUUAUCAGCCAAAUCUGUCAAUAUGAAGAUCUUAAAUGCUGGAGCGUGGUCUUGUAGUUCAGAAAAAGUGUUUGUUUCUCAUUUCUGAAGUCAAGGAGUUUUACAAGAAGAACCACCGCGGCAGGAAAUGCAGGCAGCUUCUACAUUGUCUAUGACAUCACAUCAUGCUCCACUUCUUCUAAAAAUAAGGGAGUCCUUCAACCGGGUUUUGUCCAAAUUUGUUUGAUUGUGCAAUUUGUUUUGUCACCAGUGAACUUUGUUUUGAAACUUUCAUUUAGUUUUGUAAAGACUAGAGAAUGUAUCUUCUUUGACAUAUUUAUAGAGGUUCAUCAUGUCAAGGGAACAAGCCAUGUUUGAUCUCACCUGUUACACUGUUUUCUGUCUCUAGAUCUCUUUUAAGAAUAAAGUCAGGCAAUUUCAUUUAGAGGUCACGACAUUCCAGUUAGCUGUUCUGUUUGCCUGGAACCAAAGACCCAGGGUGAAGACAUGUUUUGAAAACCUGAAACAAGCCACAGAACUUCCAGAUGCGGAGCUGCGCUGGACUCUCUGGUUCCUUGUAGCCUUCCCAAACUAAAACACCAGGUGCUGUCGCUUGAUCCUGGGGCGGGCUCUCAAAAAAGACUUCACUGAAGGCAUGUCGUUUUAGAUCAACCAAGAAUUUUCUUUAAUAAAGCCAUUAUGCAGAUCAUGAAGAUGAGGAAGAGGAUCAGAUAUGCACAGCUGCAGACGGAGCUAGUGAAGAUACUGAAGAACAUGUUUUUUUACCCCAGAAGAAGAUGAUCAAAGAGGAGAUUGAGUGGUCGAUAGAACACAAGAACAUCAAACGGGACGAGACUGACAUUAACACCUUAUCUACAUGGCAUAGCCGACCAUGCCCAGUGCAUUCUGGGACUUUUUUUAGACAUUUGCUCUCCUUUGGAGCAUUUUAAAAUUUCAUCAGCCUGGCCUGCUGGAUAAUGAACUAGACUUAUCUCAUAGCACAUCAUGCUAACAAAUUCCUGCCUUUACAAAAACCUGAAAUGACUUAAAAGGUACUUUGGGGGAUAGAAGAGUAUAGUGAGCAGAAUUUUGUGUUGCUUAUCAAUGUAAUGCAUAGAGGCAGCUCCGACACAUGUCAGCAAUUCAAUUUCGGCCAGCACAACUGCGUCUGGUAAUUAGGUUUUGUUGUCUUCGUCUUCAGUGCCUUCAGCAUUUUUUUAUUUUCUGAAGAAGCCAUCCUGUUGUGUUCAUUUUCAGUUUACCGCUGGUUUAUCAAAUUAACCUAGGUUUGAACAUCCAGGUGCAACAACACACGCUUUCUCCUUGGUUUAUGAAAAUGAAUUCACGUUUAAAGCCGUUUCAUUUCUCUUGUCAAUCAAAUUGUCUUAUUGAUUCGCAGCAUUGUAUGAGAUGAAAGUGUUUAGUGGAAAAAAGUUUACAUUUAUUGCAUUUUUCCUCAGUAAUUCUACUACAGGUACGCCGCUACACUCUUAAAAACAAAGGUGCUACAAUAUAUGUCUGUAUUAACCUGUAGAUUGGAUGAUGAUGAAAAAUAGGCUUUUUUUAGAAGUGGAGCUGCCAGAAGUUGGAGGGGAGUUGUUUACAUAAUACCUUUUAUAUCAACAUCCCUAAAUAUAUUUGUAUGUGGAUUGACUUACAGAGAUGACUUAUUCACCACCGCAUAACUAGUGAUGUGUGCUAAACAAAGUAAAUAGGGCCACAUUGAUUCCAUGUGAUCUUGGUUCUUUAUAGAAACCACACAGAAUGACAGAUAACAUUUUAGAUACCUUUAUUUAACCCUUUCAGACCCUGCGUCCACUGGAAUGUACAUCACAUGUUUUGUUGUUUAAAUCAAUACAAAUCUGACCAACCAAUCAAAAUAAAGCAUACACACCUGAAAAACCAGGUCUGAAGGGGUUAAGAACAGUCUCUGGUUAGUGUCUCUAGUGGUAGGUUAGAAAUGUACACUGCCGCUGUCCAUGGUGCUGAUAAUACGACAUUAGCUUUAAUAGAAAUAAAUGUGUUUUAUACAAAGUUAUGCUGUUGAAUUUAAAAAAUAAUCCUCCAGUUAUUGUUGCAGUGACAUAUGCCAAGGCAGUGCGUGUCUAUCUGGGUAUAUAUGAGUGUCUACCCCGUCGCACAUGCUCAGACCAGGACUCCCCCUUCGCUCGUAGGCCCCUCCCAGACACGCGUGAGAGUGGGGAUCCGCUAGAAGAGCCUCAGUUGCACGGGACCGCACGAGCAUCGUUGGAUCCCGGGAGGACCGGAGAGAGAGAGACGCUACCGCGGGACCGGAGUUGUGCUCAGCUGUAGGCUGAAGGAUGUUCUCCUCAGUGAAGGCCUUUGAGGGGCAGCAGUACUCCACCCUCAAAAGGCAGUGUCUACAGAGUGGAGUGUUGUUUGAGGACCCACUGUUUCCAGCUGUAGAUGACUCACUAUUCUACCAGGGCAACAGGAUCGGCCGUGUGCACUGGAAAAGACCUGGGGAGCUAUGCGAUGAUCCUCAUUUGUUUGUGGAUGGGAUCAGCGCCCAUGACCUGCAUCAAGGGCAGCUGGGAAACUGCUGGUUUGUGGCGGCCUGCUCCAGCUUGGCUUCCCGAGAAUCCCUGUGGCAGAAAGUUAUCCCUGACUGGAAAGACCAGGAAUGGGAUACGGAGAAGGCAGACUCCUAUGCCGGCAUUUUCCACUUCCGCUUCUGGCGGUUUGGUGAAUGGGUGGACGUGGUGAUAGAUGACCGUCUUCCCACAUUGGAUAAUCAGCUGGUGUACUGCCAUUCAAAUGACAGCAAUGAGUUCUGGAGUGCCCUUGUAGAAAAGGCAUAUGCCAAAGUUUAUGGUUGCUAUGAAGCCCUGGAUGGUGGAAACACAGCCGAUGCUCUGGUGGACUUUACUGGGGGCGUGUCGGAGCCCAUGGAUCUCUUGGAGGGCCAGUUUGCUCAGGAUGAAGUUGCCAGGAACCAGCUGUUCGAGAGAGUGCUCAAGGUCCACAAUCGAGAUGGUCUCAUCAGUUGCUCUAUCAGGGCAACCACUGUGGAGGAUAUGGAGGCUAGAUUGGAAUGUGGCCUGGUUAAAGGCCAUGCCUAUGCAGUGACUGAUGUUCGCAAGGUCCGCCUGGGACAUGGCCUGCUGGCCUACUUUAAGUCAGCGAAGCUACAGAUGAUCCGCAUGAGGAAUCCCUGGGGGGAGAAAGAGUGGAGUGGACCCUGGAGUGAUAGCUCAGAAGAGUGGAAGAAGGUGAGCAAGAGUGAGAGAGAGAAGCUUGGCGUCACCGUUCAGGACGAUGGAGAGUUUUGGAUGAACUUUGAAGAUUUCUGUCACUACUUUACCGACCUGAUUCUGUGUCGAUUGAUAAACACAUCCUACUUGAGUAUUCACAAGACCUGGGAAGAAGAGGUAAUGAGGGGCUCCUGGAUCCAUCGAGACGAGCCUCUCCGUAACCGUGCAGGAGGCUGUAUUAACCAUAAAGCCACAUUUCUACAAAACCCACAGUAUGUUUUUGAUGUGAGAAAAGUGGAGGACGAGGUGCUAAUCUGCCUGCAGCAAAAGGAACGCAGAGCAACUCCCAAAGAGGGCAAAGGCGAGAAUCUGGCCAUUGGAUUUGACAUUCACAGGGUGGAGUUGAAUAGAAAAUACAGAAUGCACUCAGCUCAGCAGAAGGUCGCAGGUUCAAUCUACAUCAACUCUCGCUGUGUCUUUCUAAGAAAAGAGCUAAAGGAGGGGCGUUACGUCAUUAUCCCCACAACCUUUGACCCCUGUCAAAAAGGAGAGUUCCUGCUCCGUGUCUUCACUGACGUGCCUUCUGACUGCAAAGAGUUAACUCUAGAUGAGCCUCCGCAGACAUGCUGGACGGGUAUGUGUGGUUACCCUCAGCUGGUCACACAGGUGCAUGUGCUAAGUGCCGAGGGCCUCGAAGGUCAAGACUCCAAUGGAGCUUCUGACCCGUACGUGAUCAUUACCUGUGAGGGGGAGAAGGUCCGCUCUCCCGUGCACAAAGACACACGCUGCCCAAAUUUUGACAUCAAGGGAAUAUUCUAUCGCAAAAAGCCAAAGGAAGGCAUUCACAUUGAGAUCUACAAUAAGAAUGUGAUUGUUGACACCUUCCUGGGUCAGGUGACUCUCUUUAGUGACCCAAACGACCGUCAAGAGCAGCACACAGUCCACCUAAAAGACAAGGGCAGUCGUCAAGACAACAACCUACCCGGCACGCUGACUGUGCGUGUUAUCACCUGCACCACUUUAAUCCACAUCUGAUCAUAAACCAAAACAUGACCCCAUUCUUCCCAUCAUUUCACACACUCUGCCUGGGUUCCUCAUCUAUUUAUCAUGUUACCCACGAUGCCUUGUGUGAGCCCAUCAUUUCUUUUCGUUUAACCAAAAAUUAAUAUACCAUAAUUAUUGUCUCACUUUCAUGUUGUUACAAACCUGUACGUUGCAUUAUUUGGGAAAAUGUUUGUAGAUUUAUGCUCCAAAAUAGACAAAUAGUCUAUAUGACUUAUUGUGCACUAUAUUCCAAGUCAUUUGAAAUAUACAAUGGCUUGUUUAAAAUUAAAGUUUGAUAAUGUUUCCUUGAAAUGAGCUGUUAACCUAAGAACUGCUGUGAUGGGAUCUUCAAGUACCAAGAUCUGUUCGAAUCAUUCUUCUUAGCCGAUUCUUUUCAAGGAUCUGAGCAGCUUAAGUAAUUUAUUUACAAGCGUUAUUGCUAUCUGAAAAUAGUUGUGUAAAGAUCGAUCAAUAUUUGGGGCGUUCCACAGGGAAAAUAACAGCAUAUGGGUUUGUAACUUGAUGAGUGGAUGAAGAGCUCAGAUGCAAAAGAUGCUGAACGCCUCCUCCUCUAAUAUCAAUGAUAUUGACCAAAUGCUCUCAGCACGUAUUUUAGGUUCAUCAAAAACUUUUGCUUCAAUUCAGGCCUCGUGCCAUUUAGAAAUACCGGUUUGUUGGCAGAAUCCGUUAAAUGCCAUGAUGAUUUUUCAGCAAAGCCCUUUAAGUGCACAGUAGAAGAAUUAAAUGAUCGACAGCACUUUCACAGAGUUUUUUACCCCGUAAAGAAGGUUUAUCGUAUAUAUAUAUAUAGAUGUUAACUGAAUUUGAGCCUUUAUCUUUAUUCAGAAAGGACAGUGAAGAGUGAAUAGAGACUUUUGUAGGGAAAAAAUGCCAAAUGGAAUAAAUACCAAUUUCAAUUACUGACCUUUUCAUUGCCAUUUAUGUGAACCUAAACAUAAAAGUCUGAUCAAAAAUGCUCAUUUACAAGAAAACAGGUCAGACGCACUUAGAGGAUUUUGCAUCUGAGCUCUUCAUAUUUUUUUUUUGUCUACUGUUCAGCUUUUAAUUACCACAUGAUCAGAUAUUCUAAUAAAGGGCUAUGCAUUGAUUUUGCAUGAGCGGCUGAAGGUGGUCUUAGGUAGAAGUAGAACCCUUAGGAGUCCUAGUCUCAAGAUCGGCCACAGUUUAACUUGCCAGGUCAACUCGGUAAACCCAGCCAGGCAGAUCACAGUCACAAUGUCUCUUUCCAUCCCUCCUCUCCUAAACACAUUCAGUCAUCAAGUAUCACUGUGCCCAUUCAUACAGUUCCCCUCAAGAUGUGGAGUGACGCGGAGAUCCACCCGAUUACAAAGACUUUGACCAUUAGCAAGACCUGAUCAUCUCUUAUCUCGCUGGGUUCUGCAGAAUCUCCACAUACGAUGACUCCAGCGCCGCUGUGCCACACCAGACACAUCUUCAGAUUCUCUGCGUCACAUUGCUUAGCAACAGAAGUCUGGAGCUUACUGGAGCACAGAGAUUGAUUCUCACAGUACUGAAAGCCCACCUAGACUAUCUGCAGUGCUGUUUUAACAACGACGCAAUUGCCUAAGGAUACAAUUUGACGUAACAACAAUGUCUGUGUAGUUUGAUGAAAGUUACACCUUUGUCUUGGGGUUUAAAACAGUGCGGGUGUGUGUUAGGGUGACCAGAUGUCCCAGUCCCAUAUGAAUCUAUAAUUUUGGUCUAAUAUUUCACUUUAUUUUGAUUGCUAUAAAGUAUUAAAAUGUUAUUACUUUGAUUUUUAAUACCAUAGUACUAUUGAUGGAAUGAUAAGAACUUUAUACCAAACUGUUGCCAUCUCCUCACAAUGUUGGGUAAUUGUUAUUGAAAUGAUUGACUGAAAAUCUUUAAAAAAAUGGUCUCUAGCUGUCACUGCACGCAGUACCCUGAAAAGGUCCUAAUAUGUACCAUUUAGGUACAAAUAUGUAUAGAUUUUAAGGAACUAAGAUGUAUCUUUGAGGUACUAAUAUGCACUCUUUGAUACCCUGUGUACCUCUAAGGUACUAAUAUUAACUCUAUAUGUUCAAUGGUAUACUUUUUGAGAGGGCGCUGCCACAGUGACAGCUACUGUAUAGAGGACCAUUUGGGAAAACUUUUUCUGACAUUAUACUUUAAAAGUUUUCCUACGUUUUUUUCUUUGUGUAAUAGAUAAUAGUAGAUAAAUACAUUAGCAGUGCAAGAGGUCAUCGGUUUAUUUCCAGGGAACACACACACUAAUAAAUUGUAUACCUUGAAUGCACUGUAAGUUGCUUUGGAUAAAAAAAGUAUGUCAAAUUAGGGUGACCAUACGUGCCAUUCUUCCCGGACGCGUCUUGGCCAGGAUUUCAGUGCGUCUUCCGGAAGUCGUUUUUUUUAACGCAUACACCAUUCAGUUAAAAACAUAAGACAUACAAUCGUAGUUUCAUUCUUACCUUAAUAUGUAACGGUUGCUGUUCUGUAAUAAUAAUCCUCUGACGUAUGCGGUCGACAAAUACGACGUCCGGAAGACGCCUCUGGAAAGAUGGCACGUAUGGUCACCCUAGUCAAAUGCAUAAUUUUUUUACUGUGGUCAUCUGGUCACCCCAGCGUGUGUGUGUAAUCCGCUCAAGCAUAACCUAAAGACCAUUUGGAGGUUGUGCAUGUGUAAAUCAAAAGGAAAACUGUCAGUCUCAGCGGUGCCUAAAGUUUGAAGAGCAGAUCUUUGGACCCACAGAUAUUCUCUGGCUACACCUCACUCUUGCUUUGAGGAUUGUGAGACUUUAAAUAACAGUUUGUCUGUCUUUAUAGUCAGACUCCUGCCAAACAGCAUGUGCCAUUGUGUUGAACUGCUGCACGAUUCAAUUCAUGGACAUUCUGGAGGAGACGUCCUGUGUCUUCUGACUUUCCCUGACUAUGAUAAAUGUCAUGUUACUUACAGACUCAUGGUGACUGUCAUCACCAGCGUUGUGUCCAUUUCAAUGGCUACUUGUGCUGUUUCACCACUACAAUGUUCUGUCUAUUCUUUAUGACAAGAUUUCAGUUACCAUGUGAUUUUUGGCAGAUAUGUCUACAUCAGCAUUUUUAAUGAUUGGAUAUGUUUUAGCAUCCUCUAAUUUGUCUUUAACCUUUUCAUGUCAGCUUUACUGUAAGAAUAUAUUUUUCAUAGUAUGUCGUGCAUUUUCUUCUGUUGUCACAAGCCUAUUGCAGUUUUUUAUAUUUUGUGUCAAAAAUGCAGCGCACUGAUAUGAAUGAGUAAAGGGCAGAUAGUAAAAAGCAGGAAAAAUUAGAGCGAGAGAGAGAGAGAGAGAGUACCGUGUUCUAUACACCUAACAAUGCAGUGCCAAUCAGAUUAACAGUGUUGGAUGACAAGAAUUUAAGAAGCCUUCAUGCCCACCAGAUUGGCCUUUGGCUAAAUGUGGCACAUCUGCAUCUGAGAUGCAACUUGAUUUAUUUCAGGGAUGAAUGAAGCUUUGAUUCGAUUUAAGCUUGUUUAAAACUGGAUUGAAAUCCUCAACAUUGGUCCUUAUAGGCCAAAUUAUAAUGGUUAAAUAGAGGAUAUAGAAAGCCAAAUUUAUAAUAUGUGUAUGAAUUGAAUUGACAGAAUGGUUAAGAAAGCAAGCAAGUGUUACUGAGCAGGCUGUAAAAAUAUUUGUGGUUCAUCUUAAAAAAGUAAGUUACUUGCUUGCCUUCAAAUUUUGAGUUCACUCAAUUUAAAAAAAAAUGAGUUGACUCAAAUUGUUGUGUAUAUUUUUUUGUUUAAUAAUUUCAAAAUUUGAAGGCAACCAGGUAACUUACUUUUUUAAAUUGAAAUAAAUAGCCUUAAAUAUUUUUUUUGCUGUGGAAGGUUGGACACUACACCGCUUUAUUAUUCUUUUCCAAUACUUCAUCUAAAGAUUACUCUAUAUAGAGUUUUUUUUUUUUUUUUUUUUUAUUUAUUCAUUGCUUAUUGAGAAUGCUGUGAAAAAUACCACUGUGCCAUUUAGAGCCAAAUGCAUUUCCAAUUAUAUUUUCUCUCUAUUUUUGCCAAAUAACAAGUUAUCAUUUUUGUUAAAGUUCCAGUACUUUUAAUGCCAAACAUGUUCUGAUUGUUUUGUUUCUGUUUUGUUUGUUGUUUACAGUAUUUGUGAUUUAAAACAAAGCUAAUUUAAAUCUUAUGCCCAUAAGAAUGACAUAAAUGGGGCAUACUUCAGAUUUUUAGCAUUAGUAUCUAAAAUCUGGAUCUUAAAGGUCCCGUUCUUUCUGUGUUUUUGAAGCUUUGAUUGUGUUUACAGUGCGCAAUAUAACAUGUGUUCGUGUUUCAUGUGUAAAAAAACUCGGUAUUUUUCACACAAUUUACUUAUUUGUAUACCGCUGUUUUCACUGUCCUCAAAACGUGCUGAUGUCUUUCUUGUUCUAUGAAGUCCCUCCUUCAGAAAUAAGUAACGAAUUCUGAUUGUGUAGUUUGUUUAGGGUGUUUUUAUUCGAUGGCAGCUUAGCUUGCUGUUCGCUUAGCUGGCGAUUGACGUAUUCCUGUGGGCGGAGUUUAGUCAAAAAACUGAUCUACUGACGUCAUUAAAGCAGGAAGUAGGACUGUAGUCCAAACCGGCUGUUUGCUGUAGGCUUUGAAAGGCGAAUUCUGUUAACGAAAAUAUAUCGCCUGGCAGUGAACUUUGAGCUUUAUCAUUUUACAGGUAUUAUUUAUACUAUUAUACAACAUUACACACUAACUAGAGUUUAAAAAAUAGAAUCAGAAAGAACGUGACCUUUAAUGCUCCUGCCAUAUGGAGGCGUAGUCUUGCGCUGCAUGCUUUUAUUUGUUUACAAAACUAGAUUACUUAACCUUCUACGCUGUUCACCCAGGUAUUUUGCAUAGGCUUGCUUGGAAGCCCAGUUUUACCAGUGCAUCAUUUUGCAUAAUUUAAUAUUAUUUUUAGGUUCACCAUGCAUUGCGUCUUUGGAGAUUUUUACAAGACAAGCCUAAAUCCUAUCCCUCUUGCACUGAUCUCAUUGAAUGGCAUUAUAUGAUUCAUACUGUAUGAUCACAUUGAAUGGCAUUCCUGUUACUUGCAGCCUGUGAUCAAUGACAUGGCGUUAUUUGCUCUAAUCAAUGUGAUGUACUGGCUCUUUGGCCUUGACUGCUGCAUGUACUUUGGCUGAGUGAAUCUUUCUUCUCCAACAUAUGCCGUCACAAAUCCCGUCCUGUUUGACUUUGUAGGCAUCUUGGUAGCAUACAGCCUUAAGAACCAGUGAAUGCUUUUGGAGAGGGUCAAUUUAAUCUCUCUUUGUCCUUUUGAUUUUUUUUGACAAGGGUCAGACGUUCAUAGAAUGAGCUUGUGAUACUCUUGUAUUUUUUCUGAUGAUGUUUAAAAUGACUUUAAAAUGAUGUGUAUAUAUAUAUAUAUAUAUAGAAAAAUAUAAAUAUCUUGCAUGGUAUCAUUCUAUAAAACAUUGCUGAUAUUAUCUUUAUAAUGAAUAUCUUUUAUCAGCAUUUUAUACACCUUUGUUUACUGUUUUAUAUCUAGCCAUUAAAUCUUACGUUUAAAAAAAACAAAUGGACAGACUCAAACUAUAUACUGUAUCUUUAUUGAUUGUAGGAUUUCAGUAUCUCUGUUUAUAUUUGUGUUAGAUUUUUCGUGUACGUCUCUCCUGGGUUACACUGUGGUUAUUUGAUAUACUUGUUUGAAGUACUUUUUUCUUUUGUAUUUUGUCAACUUGUGGCAUGACUUUGAAAUAAAAGAUUGAAAUUCUUUCAA